CAGAGAGACAACAACAGAGGUGUUAGAAACCGUUUCAACCUGUAAUCCUGAAGCAAGUUUUAGAGAUCAGGAUGAGGACGCUGCUGCUGUUCUUGAGCCUCACAGUGGCGCUGGGGAUGCCAGCAUUCCCAUCUGACGGGGAACAAAAGCCAGUCGCAGCAGAGCAAAACGGACCUCCAGUAACCGGGGACUGGGUGCCCGUCCAGGGCCAUGUGGUGGUGGAGCACCCUGCACCGCAGCUUUUACUGAGCCCCAAAGAGCAGCGGCAGCAGACGGCUGCAGCACAGCACAGCCAGAAGGACGAUGAGGCCGAGCUCGAGGACGAGGAGAAGCCAGAGGUUAAGGACCUGGAAGCAGAUCCUGAGGCUGAGGUGGAGGAAGAGUUGAAAGCAGAGCAGGAACCGGCACUGGUGGAUGAAGAAGCUGAAGUUGAGCUGGGCGCAGAGCUAGACCUUAUGGAGGAGCCUGACUUUAAGGUGGAAUCUGAGGUUAAGGUCGAAGUUGAAGGACAACCUCAAGAUGAGCUGGAGGAAGAAGAAGAAGAAGAAGAUUUGUUGGACCCCGAUUUUAAGGUGCAGUCAGAGGUUAGGGUGGAUGCUGAUGUUGAAAUGGAGGCAGAUCCAGAAGAGGCACACGUGCUACAUGAAGCUCCAGAGAAGUUUCAGGCACAGGUGGACGUCGAUCGAGAAGUAGAUCCAGGGAUGGAAGUUGAAGAAAGACAUAUAGACAUGGAGGGGAAACUGCAGCCUAGCGUGGAGUCAGAGCCGCUGGACGACGACGCGCUCGCAGAGGAAGUGAGCCACACGGAGCUGUCAGCGGAAGAAAUGGCUUUUGGAGAUGCGUCUCAGCAACAGGAUGCUGCUGCUGAGCGUUUGCCAGGGGAAGAAGAGGAGGAGGAGGAGGAGGAGGAGGUUGAUGGGGAGGAAGAUUUCGGGGAGAAAAUGGAGAACGGUGCUUCAGAUGAGCAAGAGAUCAUGGAAGUGGAGCCUGAGUUGACAGGAGAGCAAAAUCCAGAAGAUGUACCAGAUGCUGCAGUUCUGGACGAGGAGCCACUGGACCCAGCGCAGCAGCAGCAGCAGGCAAUGCCUCUGUCAGAAAACUAUGUCCCAGAGGAAGAGACCGGGAUGGAGCCGUAUUUAAGAGAUGAAGGCGCACCGGAGCAGUUCUCAGAGGAGCCUGCAAUGCAAGAGGAAGGUCUUCCAAUGAUGAUGGAAGAUGAUACAUACAGCCAAGGGGGGCACUAUUGUCCUGGCAUGAUUACCGGUGGGAAGUGUUACCAGUUCUUCCGAGGGCCAAAGAAAUAUGAGGAGGCCGAGCUAUUUUGCCAGGAACAUUUCUCAGGAGGUCACCUGGCCUCCAUCACAAGUCAGCGCGUCCACCAAGAGCUGGUGCGGCUCAUCCAGCAGAGAGGAGGAUAUACACGCACCUGGGUUGGAGGACGGCGACUAGAUAGCCAUCUCUUCAUCUGGCUGGAUGGAUCCCGCUGGAGCUACGAUGACUGGCUGCCAGGGGAGCCAAACCACACAGCAAAUAUGGAGAAUUGUCUAGAAGUUCUGGGAAAUGGAAAGUUUAAUGACUUCACAUGUUGGGAACCUCAAGCUUUCGUCUGCUCCUACCCUUCUCAGUAGCUUCAGAGGAAGAUCUACAAACUGGCAUCGUUGCUUGAUUGGAUGUUUAAUUCAUAGUUUGUUCUGUAUUUGUCAAAUAAUGAAUCUAAAAAGAAGAAAAGAAAAGAAAUAUCCGCCAAUCAGUGUGAACUGUAACUGUUUUCCGUAUACAAGGUUGUUAGUUUCUCUCAGUCAGUAUUUGUUUUAACUCAGAAAAUAUGUUGGGUUUGUUUUCUGCGUCCUCUGCCAGCUUAAAUGGGUGGAGCUCACUAAUAACGGGGUCAUGUCACAUGCUUGCCACGCUCCAAUCAAAUUUUAGCAACAUACGAUUUAAUGGGAGCAGCUGGUUGGGUUGUUUUGCCGUUGUCCGUAAAAUCUGAUCAAACCUCAUGUGCCCAAAGUUGAAGAAAUGGAAAACAUAAAGUACGGUAGUUUUUGUAUUUUUGUUUUAUCUAAUAAAGAAAAACC